UGUUUACGUGUUUAGUUGACAUCAUUUAUGUUUUAACAGGUUUUUGGACAAUUUUCUGAAUGAAUUAACAUAUGAGAUACAUUUUAUGCAUAAGGAUUUGCAAAUAACGGUUAUUUAGUGUUACUUUCACCAAUAAUAUUCAAUAUCAUGUCGUUCCAUUUGUAUUUAGGACGAAAAUCAAAAACUAUUAGACUAGGCAUAUAUGCAAUUAUCAUAUUAGCUCUGUUUUAUUUAUUAUUUACAUAUGAUAAGGAGUCUAAAUACCGUUUAAAUAAUUCAGUAGCCUCACGACUGUCACACAAAGAGACACCUAAAUUAGUUAAAGAAUUGGGGAACUUCGAACCCCGAGAACUUGAGGAUAGAGAUGGACCUGGGGAGAAGGGACAGCCACACCACUUACGCCAGGAUCAGCAGAACGAUGCAGAUCAAUCCGAGUCGGAGUAUGGCAUGAAUGUGGCAUGUUCUGACGAAAUUUCUUUAGAUCGCUCAAUUCUCGACACAAGGCUACCAGAAUGUAAACACUGGGACUAUCCACAAAACUUACCGACGACUAGUGUUAUCAUUGUAUUUCACAACGAAGGUUGGUCAGUACUGUUAAGGACAGUCCAUUCUGUUUUAAACAGAUCCCCAAAACACGUUUUAAAAGAGGUUCUGUUAGUCGAUGACUUCAGCGACAAGGAAAAUCUUAAAUCUGAUCUGGAAAAUUAUAUUGAACAAUUUCAUGGGAAGGUUAGGUUGAUUAGAAAUAAUCAACGGGAAGGUUUGAUUCGGACUCGGUCUAGAGGAGCUCAAGAGGCACUUGGAGAAGUCAUUGUCUUUCUUGAUGCACAUUGUGAGGUAAACACGAAUUGGUUACCCCCAUUGUUAGCUCCAAUCUAUCGCGACAAGACGGUAAUGACUGUACCCGUCAUCGAUGGAAUCGAUCAUAAAACAUUUGAGUAUCGGCCAGUCUAUGGAGACGACAGGCAUUUUAGGGGAAUAUUUGAAUGGGGUAUGCUCUAUAAGGAGAACGAAGUACCCCAGAGAGAGUUGAGUAAGAGGAAAUAUAAUAGCGAACCCUACAAAAGCCCGACACAUGCUGGUGGACUGUUCGCCAUCAACAGGGAGUACUUCUUGGAAUUAGGAGCAUACGAUCCAGGUCUGCUGGUGUGGGGAGGCGAGAACUUUGAGUUAAGUUUCAAAAUAUGGCAGUGUGGUGGCAGUAUCGAAUGGGUCCCAUGUUCGAGAGUCGGCCACGUUUAUCGCAGUUUCAUGCCCUAUAACUUCGGGAAAUUAGCACAGAAAAAGAAAGGGCCUCUUAUCACCAUUAAUUAUAAACGUGUAAUCGAAACCUGGUUCGAUACUAAAUAUAAGGAAUUCUUUUAUACCCGCGAGCCGUUUGCUCGGUAUUUAGACAUGGGGGAUAUCAGCGAACAGCUGGCUUUGAAGGAACGUUUGAAGUGCAAAAAUUUCGAGUGGUUUAUGGAGAAUGUGGCUUACGACGUUCUGGAUAAAUAUCCCGAAUUACCACCAAACGUGCAUUUUGGAGAGUUAAGAUCGGUGGCAGUUAGCAAGUGCUUGGACACUUUAGGGCACGCCCCGCCAUCGCUGAUGGCGAUCCAGCACUGUCACGGCUUCGGCAACAACCAACUGAUCCGACUGAACCUCAAGGGUCAGCUCGGCGUCGGCGAAAGGUGCAUCGAGGCGGAUGCUCAGGGCAUAAAACUGGCAUUCUGCCGAUUAGGUACCGCCGACGGACCAUGGAUCUACGACGAGAAUACCCACACCUUAUUCCACAGGACCUAUAAGAAAUGUAUGGCAUUGCACCCGCAGACCUCUCACCUCUCCCUGAUGCCGUGCGACACUAACAAUGCAUAUCAGCAGUGGUUAUUUAAGGAGAUACGCCCGAAAGUAUAGAUACGUAAGUGAGUCAUGUAACUGUUCUUCCGAUUAUCAACGAAAUUAACGUUAUUCGUGUUCUUUUCGGUUGUGAAUGUCUUGAUGAUCUUAAAGUUGUUUUGUCAUUGUUCUUAUGGUGUUCUACCUGUUUCAGAUGAUAUUGUUCAGUUUAAAAUGUAGCACCCCGUUGUUAAAUACUUGGCUAAUUUUUUUGUUUUCAGUUGAAGAUAUAAUACUAAAAUUUUAAUUUUUCCAAACAGAUUUAAAGCAUUUCAGUGAACCUGAUAUUUUGUUAUGUAUUUAUUGAAUCCUGUGCUGUUUGUAAUACGUAAUUUUAAAAACAGUUUUAAAUAUACUUACUGGAAAAAAAUUCUACUACCAUUUGGAACUUGUACUGUAAAAAAUUAAGAUUUUGGUACCAAGCCGGGAAAAACUGAAAAUUGUUGGAUUGUAUUAAAACGUCAUGUUUCUCAUUUUUACAGUCAUGUAUACAAAAAAGAUUCUGUAAACGUUUUUUAUUGGCAAAAUGACAAAACUAGUGCCGAAUUUGGAUCUUAGUAAAGUAAAAUCGUCAGCUGAUUAUCGUAUUGUUCUAUUUCCAUUUUUUACAAAUUGUAAUUUCAGUGUAUUUUAAAAUUAUUUUAAUAUAUCCCUAUUAAAAAAAAAUCAGUAAUUGUUCAUUAAAUUUUUUAAUGGAGACAGAUAAAAAUACUUCUAGAAAUGACUCCUUAGCGAUAAUUUGAAAAGAGAAAUGGAGGUAGAAUAAACCAACAAUCGGCCAACGAAAUUUUGAUGUUUCCCAAUUUCAGUUUAACAUUUUAUAAACUAAUUGAGUAAAUUAAUGCUGUUCAUAGAACGUUUGUGUUCUUAUUCAAUAUUUGUCUAAUAUGCAUGGAGCAUACUCAUUAACAGGUAAAAUUUUGAGGCAUCGAUCUUUUCAAUGUGGGAUUCGUUUUAUUUUUGUUGUAAUCGUAAUAAUCUCUAAGACAUAUUUACGUAGCGGACUGCUAGCCAUUAAAGUCGUAAAUAUUAGGGAAUAAAUUAGAAGGUAGAUCGUGUAAAUAACAUGCAGGGUAUAUGAAAUCAAUCAAAUAUUAUCUCUAGCUAAUAUGUUUGGUAUUAGUUUCAUGAUUAUAAUUUUUAUGAUAAAUAAACACUGUUUUUAGUCUAACAGUUUCUAAAACAUGGUUAAGGUACUACUAGAAACUAUUUAUAAUAUCAAAUACUACUAAUAUUAGGGUGGCCCAAAAAAAAAAAAUUUUUUUUUUCGUGUUUCUUGUGAAAAUGUUAGUUUAUCU